AUGGCGACGCAUCUUGUUCCCCUUCCGGAGGUAGAGCGUCUCAGUGCCUCGGUCAUCCGGAUUUUGGCGGGAAAUCCAGGAAAGGUGGUCGUCUCUUUGAUGGCCGAUGCUAGUGUCCGUGGACUGAAACAAUUAUCGACAGGAACAAAUACCUACCUAAUUGGUCGCGGCCACCAGCGCAUCCUUAUCGACACCGGCCAGGGCGAGGCCGCAUGGGCAACGAACCUGACCUCCGUGCUUUCCUCGGAAAAAGCCACCGUGCACCAGGCACUGCUCACGCACUGGCACGGUGACCACGUUGGGGGUGUCAAGGAUCUCUUGCGGAUUUGUCCGGAUGCGAGCGUGUACAAGCACCAGCCCAACGAAGAUGAGGGCCAAGCGGGAAUUGAAGACGGACAAGUCUUCAGUGUCGAAGGCGCCACACUGAAGGCGUUGUUUUCCCCGGGCCACACGGAAGACCAUAUGGCUUUUGUGCUUGAGGAAGAGGAUGCUAUUUUUACAGGCGAUAAUGUCCUCGGCCACGGAACCGCUGUUUUUGAAGACCUGAAAACCUAUCUCUCCAGUCUGCAUCGUAUGCGUGAUCGUGUUCAAGGCCGCGGGUAUCCCGGACACGGAGCCGUCAUUGAUAGCGCCAACGCCCGCAUCGCAGAGUAUGUCAAGCACCGAAAGCAGCGGGAAGAUGAAGUGCUGCGAGUUCUGCGAUGGGGUAAGCUGGAUGUUUCUCCCGGUGAGCACUCGCCGGAGCCAAAGCGCUCGUGGACGCCAUUGCAGCUAGUCAAGGUGAUCUACAAGGAUGUCCCGGAGAAUCUGCAUCUGCCGGCCUCGCAUGGCGUUACAUUGGUGCUAAAUAAAUUGGAGGACGAGGGACGUGUGGUGCACGAUGUCAAUACAGGGGAGUGGAGGUUGAGCGAGAAGUCUGCUCUAUGA